AUGGCCAACAAACUGAGUUUGAUCAUCUUUAUGGGUGUUUUAGCUGUGGGACUGGCUUUAACCACAACAACAGCAACCACUAGAAAACCCAUGUCCACUUCCACUGAAGCGCCCAUGAAUAGCAGCCCCAUGGAGUCCUUGGAUCGUCGUGACAAACGUCAAUUGACUGGCAAUGGUGGGCAGACCAGCUUGGCUGGUUCCAGUGGCACCUUCCCCAUUUUCUUCGACGGGGUGAAUGUGAAUCCCCCCCUGCAGCAACUGCAGCCCCUGCAACCGCUGCCCCCCUCCAACCUGCAGCCCCUGCAACCCAUCACCGUGGUGACGCCCGUGGCCUCCAACUCGAAUGCCCAAACCCAGCAGACGCAGCCCGGCUGGCUGCCCAGUUUUGGCCAGAACCUGCCCAUAAUUGGCACCUGGGUCGGUGGCCUGCCCAGUUUGAUCAGCGGCCUGGGACUGGGCUCGCUGAAUGGCGGAUUCGGCACGCUGGGUGGCCUGAAUCUGGGCAAUCUGGGACUGGGCGGAGUUACUCCCGUGCUGCCGGCAGCAGCUCCUGGCCAAAUCGCUGGCUCCUCGGCCAAUCCGCAGGCCAGUUGUCCGCUCACCCAGAAGCUCAGCUGCCGCUGUGAGCCACUGCUUCAGUUGCCGGGCCUGAAGCCCAUCUCCAAUCCGCUGAGGGCCCAGCUGGUGCAGAUCGUGCGGCAGAAUGCCCGCAAGAAUGACGACGGAUCGCAGGAGGUGCGCGUGAUCCUGAGCAGCGGACAUGUGAUCUACCAGCGCACCGCCAGGGAUCUCGGCCAGAGUGGCUACCUGGCCAUGAGGAUCCAGUCGGGCAGGUACUUCAACAUCUACUACAGUGUCAACGAGAAGGAGUACACCGUUCGGGCGGAUGUCAAGGACACGCCCCCCGCCUCCGAUCUCGAUGACGAGCUGAGCGGGCAGUUUUAA